GGGAGAACGUGGAACACACGGGACGCAUGCGCAGUGCAGUCCCACAGCCUCCAGGGGGCGCUGUCAUCACCGAGAAGUCUGGGGCUUUCCACCCGGCGCUAUCGCCGUCUCUGUAGCCGUUGCAACCUUCGCUCCUUGACCCCGUGACCGCCAGUGGCGGAAGCGGUGACGGGGACAUGGCCAAGUACCUGGCACAGAUCAUCCUGGUGGGGGCCCAGGUGGUCGGACGGGCCUUCAUGAGGGCGCUGCGCCAGGAGUUAGCAGCAAGCCGAGCAGCAGCAGAUGCACGAGGGCGCUCGGAGAGGCCGCAGUCCGCUGCCGCCUCCAGGAUCAUCGGCAUCAGCCUCCAGGAAGCUCAGCAGAUCCUGAACGUCUCGAACCUCAACCCAGAGGAGAUCCAGAAGCACCACCAUGGGGAGAGGCUAUGGGGGUUCAGGACUGAGAGCAGAGGAGGUGAAUCUGACAGGGAACUUCUGCUUGGCAGAACUACGACCACUUGUUCAAGGUGAACGACAAGUCGAUGGGAGGCUCCUUCUACCUGCAGUCCAAGGUGGUGAGAGCGAAGGAGCGGCUGGAUGAGGAGCUGCGCAUCCAGGCUAAGGAUGAGAAAGAGAAAAGCCGGAAAGCUGAGACG